CAACUAUUAUAAAUGAUGUUGCAUCUUUUUAAGGAUUACUAUGGAAUUACAUUCCCUGCUCCUGCAACCUUGACAAGCAGAGAUGGGAGCCUUGCUAACAACCCAUACUCAGUUCUUUCUUUAGCAGGUGAUGUUACAAAAUUUGGCCGUGGGGAUUCUGCCUCUCCUGCUCCUGCAACAACCCUAGCCCAGCCGCAGCAGAACCAGACGCAGACUCAUCACACCACUCAGCAGCCCUUCCUCAACCCAACCCUGCCACCAGGCUACAGCUACACUGGGCUACCUUACUACGCUGGGGUUCCAGGUGUACCCAGUGCAUUCCAGUAUGGGCCAACCAUGUUUGUACCUCCAUCAGCAAAGCAGCACGGCGUCAACCUGAAUACCGCCUCGACUCCUUUCCAGCAAGCAAGUGGCUAUGGGCAGCAUGGCUAUGGAGCAGCAGGCUAUGAUGACUUAACGCAGGGAACGGCAGCUGGAGAUUACAGCAAAGGAGGCUACAGUGGGUCAUCUCAAGCACAAAACAAAUCUGCUGGCACUGGACCUGGGAAAGGUGUUUCUGUGACCUCAAGUAACACAGGUGUGCCUGAUAUCAGUGGCUCAGUUUAUAACAAGACUCAGACGUUUGACAAGCAGGGAUUCCACGCCGGCACACCGCCUCCUUUCAGCCUGCCUUCUGCUCUCGGAUCUACUGGGCCCCUGAACCCUGGUGCUGCCCCGGGUUAUGCUCCAGCUCCUUUUCUCCAUAUCCUGCCUGCGCAUCAGCAGCCUCACUCCCAGAUGCUGCAUCACCACCUUCAGCAGGAUGGGCAGGGAGGAUCCAGCCAGCGCAACCAGCCCAGCACCAUGCAGCAAAAGUCUCAGGCUACCAAAACCGCCUACGGCACUUCUCCAUACUGGACAAACUAAAUCCGAAACCGGGGAGGGGGGAGAGAAUGAAGGGAGAAAAAUGAAAUAAAGAAAAAGAAAAAAAAAGAAAGAAAAGCCGAAGCCCAUUCCUGGAAUUAUUAGGAGAAGUAACUGCUCAGCCAAAUGUCUGUGCGGGGAGAACUGCAGCCAUCAUCCUCUGUGUGACUCGCCCGCUUCCUCUUUGAGUUGCUGUUGUAUGUAAUAUAUUUAUGUAUGUAUUUGUAAAUGUAAUAGAGCCUAAAUGUGGUUUUCUGCAUCUUGCAGCCUGUUCUAUUCUUUGUAGGAAAACUAAUUAUCCAUUUCCCAUCUGCACCAGGGCAUCCUUUCUUGUUUUUUAAGCUCUGUGGGCUUUUUAUCUCUGUCCAAAAUAAAACUGCACCUUUCUUAGUGGAGAUGAUGACAGCCCAUUUGAUUAAUGCAGUUCUAAAUUCGGGCAAGUAAGGAGGCCUGGCUCCUUCAAACAGAAUCAAGGCAUGUCCUGUUGGUUGGCCCCCGUAUAGCUGUUACUUUAAAACAAACAACAACAACAAAAAGAAACGAUGAUGUUUUGUGGGCCUUCCCCUUUCUUUUGUCUCCCUCCUCCCUCUUGCAGUGACCACAGUGAGCAAAGUGCCGCUGAGCCGGGGGCUCUGCCCUCAACUCCUUUUUCAAUUUUUAAAUAAAAAUAAAUAAUAAAGAAGACUUUUUUUUUUUUCUUAAUAUCUUUUUUCUUUCUUUUUUUCUUUUUUUUCCUUGAGCAAGAGACUUCGGAUGGCUCAGUGUGUCCUGCAACCUCCUUUGCAUCAUGUGAGGCAGAAACUAUGUAGCGGUUCCUUAAAUAAAAGUCUGAACCCUGUUUCUUUCCUCUUUUUGCCCUGAGCCUCCUGCCCAGGAGCGCCAGAGCUGCUGGACGGACCUUCAACUAUCCCUCCCCACUUCUUCUAAACAAAGACCAGGAUGACACCUCCUGGUGCUGUGGUCCUGCACAGUGCAGUGGAUGGUUUAGGAGUUUUCAUUUUUUCUUAGUCUUUCUUCCACAUAUUAAAGUUCUGAUCAUAUCA